UGUUCGCAAUGGCAUCGCAAAUACACCCACGAACUUCCUGCGACCAUGGCUGCUUGCGUCGCUUGCCACAAACACCUCGAAGUCGAGAUCGAGCCUGACGAAGAUGACGACGUCCAGAUGGGCGGCUCGGCCUCCGGCAAAGCUCCCGCAGCUCCUCCGCAGACUGUCCCAGACGAUGUACACUUGAAUUGCGGGUGCCAUUUCCACUGGGACUGCCUGCUCGAAGCAUAUCAGAUCACCGAAUGCCCUAGUUGCGGAAAGAGCAUCGCAUCAACAUCCCCCGGCGGCGCGCAGCAAGUCCUCUGCAACCUGAACAACGAAGGCGGACUUCAGGAGGAUCUCGACAUUCUCCCCCUCCUCACCGAGGAAAGCUACCUCAGGGCAUAUCCCGAAGAGCGGAAAUGCCGCGCCUUCCUCGAGUUCUGCCGCGAAGGCGACGUCAGGGCCAUCAUUGGCAUGUUGCAGGACGACAGUGACGAUGAGGAUGACGACGAGGACAUGGCAGAGAGCGAACUACCGGGGAGGAAGAUAGGCGCGGACGAGCUCCUGCGAUACCAGGACCCUAUUGGGGAAAUGCAGUCGGGCCUGCAUGCUGCUGUACAGGCACAGAGCAGAGAGAUCGCGUGGUUGCUUCUGUUGCUAGCGAGCAACUUACCGUUGACGGAAAUCCCAGCAGAGGUGUUCCAAGAAGCAGAGACGCUGGGGAUCAUGAGGGGGCUUACGGAAGAUAAGACGGAUAUCAGGAACAUGAAGGAUGCGAAUGGGAAGACGGCAGAGGAUCUUGCGAAGGUGAUUGGCGGUGUAUGGACGGGCUGGGUGGGAAACGGGCGUUUGGCAAUAUGAAGGGGUCAAGGUUGCUUAUGCUUCGACUUUAAUACAAACCCCCAAGGGCACCAAAUCCGCUAUUUGGAUAAGCGUAAAGAGUCAUGGAUAUUGCGACAUACGAAUCCAGCCCGCCGUCUGCGGAUGAGCACCUGUACUGCGAGGCCGGAGUGCAAGGCAUUGCACAAUACGACAAACGAUUCUCUGACAAACGAACUAUGACUCAGCAUGCCGGGGUACACAUUCUUCUAUCGCACGAAAUUCUUACCUAGGUAGCUCAGAUAUGCGAUGCCCCCUCAUUUCUGUGCCCCGCUCCGUUAUAGCUCCGAGGUCCAUACCCAUUUCCCCACGCACUCGCCGAUACGAUCAACACGUAGACCCAAUCCGGUGAUCAAUGAGUAGGCACGUCCAAGACAGCUGACACGUUCGGCGUACAUUGCAUACAUACACGAUC